AUGUAGGGAUAUGCAAUUUUCAUCACUGCAAUAUGAUAGAUAAUUCUACUCCUUUAGGUGGUAGGGUCCCUUUCAUUGGCUUCAGGUUUAAGCUCUCGAGAUUUGAUCAAUACCCAAAGGAAAACUCAGAAUCUUUACACAGGACCUGCGACAAGUUAGGGGGAAAUUGGAAAUGAAGCACACAAACCCUUUUCCAUUGCUUAUAAUAACUCUGCAAGCAAUCGAAGAUGAUGGCUAAAGCGAAACGGUUACUCAAUUCCCACUCAAAAUGUUAAGACAAACUAAAAUGGCCCCUUUACGCUGCAAGUCUUUUGUACACACAUUCCCAUAUAAAUUAUUGAGGUUAUCAUCCCUGCGAGGCCAAGAAAGAAUGCUUGUCUGCUGCGGAGCGAAGGCUCUCAAGGGCUCUUCUGUUGUGCCCACAAUGAUUUUGAAUUCGAGUACGAUUAGGGGUAGAAUGCAAGGUUUAAGUCAAAACUGGUCUAGGGUUUGGGUUCAUACAAACGGAUAUAAAAAGGUAGCAGUGUCUGACAUGGACUCUGAGAAGCCAAAGGUGGAGGAAAAUGAGGAUAAGUACAAUAAGUUUCUUACAUUGCCGAAUAUAUUGACGUUAGGGCGCGUUGCGGCUGUUCCCCUUCUCAUUGUGGCAUUCUAUCUUAAUGGAUGGUGGGAAACUGUGGGUACAACAAGCAUCUUCAUGGCAGCUGCUGCCACAGAUUGGUUGGAUGGUUAUAUUGCCCGCAGAACAAAAUCGGGUUCAGCUUUUGGAGCAUUCUUGGAUCCUGUGGCUGAUAAACUUAUUGUUGCUACAACUUUAGUGUUAUUGUGUACAAGGCCUGUUGAAAUGGUCUGGAUUGGACAAGCCUCAUGGUUAUUGCCUGUGCCUGCCAUUGCUAUAAUUGGUCGAGAGAUAACAAUGUCAGCAGUUAGAGAGUGGGCUGCUGCUCAGGGCAGUGAUUUGCGUGAGGCUGUUGCUGUAAACAACUUAGGAAAGUGGAAAACUGCCUCUCAAAUGAUAGCCUUGACAAUCCUACUAGCAACAAGCGGUAGCAGUCAGGGUGGGCCUAGUGGUUUUGUUGCCUCUGGUGUUGUAAUGCUUUAUGUUUCUGCUGGCCUUGGUUUGUGGUCCUUGGCAGUGUACAUGAGAGGAAUUUGGAGAAUAUUGCUUAAAUAAAACACAUUAUGUCCUGCUAUUGAUUAUUUCUGGGGUUGGAGGAAUUUAUUGAUUUAUAUUCUUUCUAAAAGAAAUGGCAGAGAGAUAUCUUUUUAAAGACAUUUUUCAUCUUUUGCCAGUUGUAAUGGUAAUACUUGAUGCAGUUGACUUGUUUUCGAAAGUCCGAAACUGUAAAUUAAUCUGAUUUACAAAAAUUGAAAUAAUAUAUAUGGAUAGAUAUAUGGUGGGGAACCUGGUUGGUUAGUUAA